AUGGACAACUGGACGCUAAAUACAGACUUGCUGAUCCUGGAGGCCUUAAAGGUGACCCCUCAGUCCUCGCUCCCUGCCUUCAUCCUUCUCCUGCUCAUCUACGUCUUCAUCAUGGUGUCCAACAUCGGCCUGGUGGUUGUGAUCUUUACCAGCAGGAGCCUCCACCAACCCAUGUAUCUUCUCCUCUGCAACAUGAGUAUUAAUGAUGUUUUUGGGGCGACGGUGAUUGUGCCUCAUGUGCUCAGAGAUCUGCUGGUGUGGAAGUCAGAGCGCUACGUUCAUUACAUGGCCUGUGCAGUUCAGGCUUUCUGUGUUCACCUCCAUGCAAGCGUCUCUCACACUGUACUGAUGAUCAUGGCCUUUGAUCGGUAUGUGGCCAUCUGCAACCCGCUGCGUUAUGCCGCCAUCAUGACCCAGAGGAUGGUGACGAAUCUGUCCUGGGCUGCCUGGGGAUCGGCCUGUGUGCUGGUCAUGAUCCUGGUGGGCCUCAGCAUCCGCCUGUCACGCUGCAGGAAGGUCGUCCUCAACCUGUUCUGUGACAACGCCUCCCUGUUCAGCCUCACCUGCGAGAGCAUCCUCAUCAACAACAUCUACGGCCUCACCUAUACGGUGGUGCUGCUGGGCUCCUCCAUGUGCAGCGUCGCCCUCACCUACCUGAAGAUAGCUGUGGUGUGUCUGAGCAGCAGAAACAAGAUGCUGAACAGCAAAGCGCUGCAGACCUGCACCACCCACAUGGCUGUGUAUGUCAUCCUGCUUGUGUCUGGCUUCAUCAUCGUCAUCCUGCACCGUUUUCCUCAGCUGUCAGACCACAGGAAGGUGGUGUCGGUGCUGGGUCAUAUUGCACUGCCCGCGCUCAACGCUGUCAUCUACGGCCUGCAAAUUAAAGAAGUCCGGCAAAAAAUGGCUGCUGUGUUCCAAAAAACUAAAAUCGCUUCCAUGAAUGUAAAAUGA